AUGACGGACUUCAACUAUAUCGCAUCUCCUCUGACGGCCACCGCGGUUGCAUCUGUCGAUCACGAGCACCCUUUUGACGACGAGCUCGCUGCCACGCAACAAUCCAUUCUCGAAGAACUGCAUACAAUAAGCGAGGAAGCGCUCAUGGGCAAUGCAAAUCAACACGGUAGCCUGGUCGAGAGCUGUCCAGACGACCAUCGUAUGGAUGUCAUGAUCGACCACCAACAAGCAGAGUCCGUUGACGGCGACACGAGCACUCGCGAACUCCUCGAUAGCCGGACGAUACUUCGGCGGUAUGCAGAGCCAUCAGAGAUCUGGACCCCGCAAAAGGUGACGACUCCGUCUCCAUCGGCUUCCCAAACAAUAGAACCAAGUGGGCCUGCACCGUCAUCACCUGCCCCAGCUCUACUGGAGACGGAAGUCAAGACCUCAGUCGCGGACUCAAUCGCAGAAUCACACACAGUGACGAAUGGAGCUGUAGGGUCGGGAUCGUCGAUCGAGACGCAGUGCAUGGCUACCGUAGCGGCCUUGGAGCUGCUUCCACCUCAGCCAAGCCAUCCGGGUCUCACGCACCUUUCAGAGAGCGUCGAUGCAGCGCCCCAUGCUGGUCUGGAGAUAUCGCACCUUGACACCAGCCAUUUCGACGCCGAGGUCGAACUCACUCAUACCGACUUGUUCGACGGUAUCGAAGCAGACGCUUUUGACGACAUUGAGCUCAGCCCACCCACUCGCAGAGCGGCUGUCUUGCCUUUACAGGAAGGUAACCAUGCCCUGCCAGCAUCUCCGACACGGUCCAGGAACCAAAUGUCCGUUCAGUCGCUGGAAAGCGCAGACAAUGCUUCAGAAACAAAUGACGCUACCGAUGCCGAACUACCGCAAAUACCAGCGCCUAGUCAAAUGGCCUCCUUCCUCGAUCCUACUUUUGUCGGUUUCGUGACCGGCAAGGACAGGAAGCAGAUCAAGCUAAGCGAUAAAGCGCUCCAAGCCGCACGCAAGCUCAUGCUCGAGAUCGAAGAGUCUUCUGACCUGCUUCCGCCUGCAACAGCUUCUCAACCAUCACCGCACAGACGCGUUCAGAUGACCGAUGCGUCUUCACUAAUGACACAGCAUCCUGGGGAUGGCCCGCCGGCACAUUCGAUGCUUGACCGAGCACCGAUGCAGGAGAUCAUGCCAAGGCAGGACGGCACUGCUCUCAACGGAAGCGACUCAUUUCCAGCCGAGAGAAAAGGCAAGGCUGUGGUGGUUCAGAGGGUCUCAGACGCCCAAGCGGCGGCCGCAGCCAGCCAAAUGUAUCAUCCUCCAUUUGAAACGCCAAAGCCAACACGGAGCAGUCUUCUUUCCACAAGCCAGAGCAUGGCCAGCCCAAUGCGCGCUCCUGCUGUUGCUUCCGGUUCGCGCUUCUCCACGCCACAACCAAGCAAACGCAUUUCGCUCGGCGUGUCACCCAGAGUCCAGCUUGGCGGCAGCAGUACAGGGAGGAAGAGGUCGCUACCACGAUUCGUCCCCCCAUUCAUCGGCGGCAAACGUCCUCGUGGCGAGGACCUGCAAGAUCCAGCGUCGCCCUUACGUAGACAGAAUGAUGCUGUCGGUGCUGUCAACCAGGUUCUGGGGCAGGCAUCGACGUAUCCUCCGACGCGAACAAAGGAGACCGUCACCUCAAAGGGGCCCGCUGUCUUUGAGAUGCAGUCGAACGGCCCUCGUCACAAGCUAGCAGAGUUUGGAAGGCCAGAGUACUAUUCGUCGAUGCAGAUGAUCGCCAAAGGCGUUCCUGACGAGGUGCUCGUUAUCCUGAACGACGCUUCUCGAGCUGCCCAAUACGCUUUCGAGGCGCCAAACGGCACGUUGCUGAUGCAGAAGCAGGCUUUUGAAGAGCUGCGGGCAAGAGGGUGCUCGAACGUCGAGAUGUCGUGGGUUCAGAACCACUGGACGCUCAUCCUGUGGAAACUUGCGGCCAUGGUCCGUUUCGAGCCAAGCAGUGCCCCAGAGCGCUGGAGUUGGACCGAGCUCAUUCGUCAGCUUCUCUACCGCUACGAGCGCGAAAUUCACCUGGCCCAGCGCUCGUGUCUCAAGCGGAUUCAGGAGCGUGACUCUUCCGCAGCGAGGCCGAUGGUGCUCUUUGUUUCCAAGAUAUUUGAAGAGGACACAGAAGUGCUGGACCGGUCGGGCGCGAUGGUGCCUUGCAAAACAACCAUCUUGGAGCUUUCAGACGGGUGGUAUCGCAUCCAAGCCACGAUCGACUCCGUCUUGACGAAUGCGUGUCAACGUGGACGCCUCCGCAUUGGACAGAAGCUUGCGAUUACGGGUGCAAUGCUUGAUACUAAGGGCGAAGGCAAAGACGUGCUUAGCGCGUAUCACAUGUCGAACCUCGCUCUCGCCGCCAACUCGGUGUCGCUAGCACGCUGGGAUGCCAAGCUCGGAUUUGCAUCCAGGCCCUUUUGUGCUAGUGCCCGCAGUCUCUCUCCUGAAGGGGGGCUGGUGUCCUUGAUGGAUGUGGUGAUCGACAAGGUCUUUCCACGCGCUUACGUCGAUGUUGAUCGCUCCGCACCAAGCGCUGGAGCACCACGCGGCGAGCAGGAAGAAGCGGAGGAACGCGAAGCUUAUAACCAGAGACGCGAAGACGCCAUCCAACGACUUGAGCUUGAGAUGGAGGCCGAGAAUAGGCGACUCUACGACCUGGUAGAGGCGCUAAGCUAUCUGACGGGCGACUCAUUCCUGCCCACCAUCCCAGACGAUCCGAACGGCCGGCUGGAAGCGUUGGCGAACCAGCUGUUCGAACAGCUUAUAGCACAGCCGAAUCCGGCAGCAGCGGUGAACGAGAAGGUGGUAGCAGCGGGGCACAAGGUUCUGGUGCCGUGGCUGCAUAAUUUCGCCAAGAGCGCGAUUCUGAACGAGGAUGGCUUGACGGGGUCGAGGAUGAUCGCCAAACUGGACGAAAUGUGUCCUCCUCGCAAAGUGCGCGAGUUUCGGGUGGUGCGACUCAAAGAUGCACGCCUGCCACCACCGGUACCACAAGCGCCUGGUUCAGCAGGAACAGCGCAGCAAGCUGGCAACCCUGGCGCGAGGCUCCAGAAGAGGAAUCCGCACGCUCGGACGGUGAAGCUCAAUGUUUGGGAUGCAGCGGAGCUUGGCGACGAGCUGCGGGAGGGCAGGCGCUUCUUGGUAACCAAUUUGGUUCCGGCUUCGAAAAGCGCUUGGAGGAAGCCGGACGAUGAAGGUGAUAUCUUUUUGUCGACGAGACGCGAUACAAAGUGGCGGGCUUUGUCCUAG